AAGCUUUUUUGGGGACUUCAAUCAUUAGAAGAGGAGUAGCAUUCAGGUGAGAUCAACACUUCACCAAACUCUCUGUUUGUUGCACUGUAUAUAACCUCCUUUUCUUCCUGCUUCCCAUCUCCAUAUCCGCCUUCAAUGGCUCCCCUCUGCUGGGCUUUGGCUCUGGCCUUCCUCUGCACCGUCCAUGCUCAGCCGCCCGCAGCCUCCCCUUCUUCCACUUUGCCGGCGACGACGCCACCUCCGUCAUCUCCCGCCACCCCUACUGCCCCCACUGUGCCGCCAACAACGCCGCCUCCCACCACCACCCCAACUCCGCCCACUCUGCCGCCGGCGGGGCCGCCUCCCCCUACCCCCCCUGCCACAAGUCCAGCUGCGCCGCCUCCUACAGCCACUCCUACUUCUUCAUCGCCAGCCCCCCAAAUGCCGCCACCACAGCCACCGCAAGCUCCGCCAGUCUCUAGUCCGGCAUUGCCGCCGCCGCCUGUUGCUUCACCGCCUCCUGCGUUGCCGCCACCCCCGGUUGCUUCUCCACCCCCGGCCUUAGCGCCUGCUUUGCCGCCGCCGCUGCCAUCCCCGGCGCCUGCCCAACUGCCUCCGGCGCCAGCCCCGGUGGUGCAGACGCCUGCGCCGGCACCAGCUAAGGUGGCGCCGGUUCCUGCACCGGUGCCUACACCGCCGCCACCAGCGCCAGCCCCGGCCCCCCCACCUGCGCCACCCAUUGAGUCACCGGUGCCUACACCAAAGCACCAUCACCACCACAAGAAGAAGAAGCACAAACACAAGAAGCAUCAUGCACCGGCUCCGGCACCGACUGCAAUGGCACUGAGUCCUCCGGCGCCGCCAACACCUCCAACCGCGGACGACACAGCACCAGCACCAUCCCCCGAUCUGAGCGGAGCAAUUGCACCUAAGUGGGAAGGCAAAAGCACUGGAAAGUGGGUGAGGAUUGGAGUGGCAGUUGUUGCUGUUCUUGCUGUGACAGGCUUACAGUUUUGAGAAUGCUGUUUUGUGGGUUAUAUAUAUAAAUGAAUGGUUAUGUAUAGCUGAUGAUGAAGAAGAAGACAAGAUUGAAGAUGAGAUUCAUUCAUAUUUAAUUAUCUGUUCAUAAGCAUAGAGAAGAAUAAAACUAAAGAUCAUGAGCAGAGAUGCAAUUUCCAUUA